AUGCUAGCAGUCUGUUGUCAAACAAAAAUGGCGGAAGACGUAAACAACGAAUCUCCUCCAUCGAAAGUGGAUGAACGAAAAAUCGUGGUGGAAUUUUGCCAGCUGCAGGAAAAAUCCCGACAGCUUUUUAACGCGCUAAGGUAUUGUGAUUUUCUCUCUGAGUUAAGAUUAUCGGUAAAUUACCUCAAUACAUCCCCUGAUUCCCCGGAAACCUGAGCAGCUAAGAGGGCGUGUAACCUUUGGUCAGCUUUGUUUAUUGUAAGUUUAACUUUGUUUUCACAUCGAAGUCAUUAGUACAUUUGUGAUUCUUGACUGCCAAGGAAAGUCAUUUCACUUUUCUCAGCAUCAGUUAUUAAACCCUUGAGUCGUCACAGAUGUUUCUUGUGUGGUGUGAUAGAAUGUUCGAUAUUUGUUCGACUUUGGGAUAGGGGCAAGGUCCGAGGCUAUUUACAGCCCGAUCGCUGUACGAAAAACCUGCAUAUUACCUUACAACAACGUUCUUGUCUUCAACUCAGUCACAUAGUUCUUUGUUCUCUGUCCGAAAAUCCUGAUUAAGCAUGUAUUGUAAGUUAGAGGCGCGCGCAGUUUAAAUAAACAACAUCGUACAACGAUUGAAAUCGGAUAUGGCAGUUAGUCAUCUUGAUAGAUUUUUAAGGGGUGCUGUUAAGCUUUUGACCCCCUAAGAAUGACUGGCAUCUAAUUUCAGAGAUUUUUAAUUUUAAGAGACAGUUAAAGGGUUCCAUAAGGCGCAGAUCUCCAUGAAUACAAAAUUAUACGCUUUAUGUUUUCAUCUUCACUGUGCCCUCAAUUAAUCUUCAUUGACAUAAUGGUUAUGUUGUUCCUCCCCUAUUGCAAACUUUGAAAAUUUAUGAUGUUAAAAUAAUUUUUUAAUUUGAUAUCUAUGACAGAGACUUGCCCCAGUUUGGACACAAGCACUGGCAAACACAUUUUGGCAGAACAUUUGAUGUCUACACAAGGGUGAAUGUGACAUUCUGAUUGUUUUUAAAAGUACAUAUGAUAAGUUUUAAGCACCUUUCAUUAUUUUUGUCCUUUUAGUGUGGUGCGUGUUUUCUUAUUUUAAUUGUGAAUUUGACAUCACUAAGUUAAACACCUAAACUUUGUUAUUUUAUCAGCUGUGGAAAUUUCAGCAAAACCACAGGUAUGUGUUUACUGAAUAAAAUGUUACAACUUGUUGUAAAUUUAUCUGGAGAUCUUUCCUUCUUUCACCAAGGAUUCUUUGUUCUUUUAAAAGUUGUUCCCUUCAUAUACCCAAUUAUUUGGUUUUUGUUUGGAGAAAUGAACUAAGAGAGGUUUAAAUUAUGUGUUGAUACAUCUAUUCUCACUAAAAACUUAUUGAUGGUAAUCAGCUUUGUCUCUAUGAGUGACCUUUAUCAAUUAAAAAUUUAAAUGUUGUUUUCUACACCGAUACUGUUAGUUUAUUCAAGUAAUUCUGGUUAUGAUCACCUUGCAAUCCUGAAGGUACUGUGCAUGUAGCACAAUUGUUAGUAAAGGGAAGUACAUUUUAGUUUCUUGCACAAGCCUUACAGUGACUUGAAAGACUCAAUUUGUCCUUUUCAACUGUGGCUGUAGUAAUUUCUUACAAGUAGAGAAGUUCUUAGUUAUUUCAUGAUUGAGUGUGUGGUGGAUGAACGUUGCAUAGUAGUUAUGUUUCCUGUAUAUUAAGCUACUACCUUGGAUUCACGAGAAUGAAUUAUUGGUCUAAUUUUGUGAUAUAAAGCGGCAAUUAAAAGCAGUUAGUAAAGUUUGUUUAGAAGCUUCAACUUAGUUUUUUUUUUAACCCUCAAUCAAUUAAAAGUACUCAUCAAAGUUGGCUUCAUGUCGAUUGGCAGAAAUCAGCCAAAAAAGAAUAUGUUCAGUGAAAAUUCCAUAUUUAAAAUUUAUUUUUGAAACAUCACCAUGUAAAAUUGUAUUUUUGUUUUCCUAGAUCUAUUCUGGAUAUUCGGUAUAACCUUAAAAGAUGGCAGAUAGGAGAAAUUGCAUCAAAAAUUGGACAACUCUAUUAUCACUAUUAGUAAGUAUCAUUUUUCUUUUGUAUACCUUCUUAAAUGUGGCUGGCAUUGUUCAAAAAGAAAUUGGUAUAAUUUCUUCAGUAACAUUUGUAAUCAUGUGAUUAUUGCUCACCUCUAUGUGGCUCCCUCUUUGUGCAAAGGGGAAGGGGUGGGGGGUCACAGUGGUAUCAGUUAGGUGUUCAUGUUUAUGCUCCCUCUUUUCUGGAAACAGGGGGCUGGUGGGGAAACAGGUGCAUGAUUUCAGAAGAGACUUUGGCUGGUCUUCUGUUAGAAUUCUGUGAAACAAAGGAUAGCCUAACCUGAAACAGCGAAGGAUAUUACAUUUCAUAGGAGGGUAAAAAUUGUUGAAAUUCUCUCUCCACUUAAAACACUAUAUAAUAGAGUAUAUCAAAAUAGCGGUGGUUGAGAUGAAUGGGAAGUUAUGAGACUGAUUAGUUGUGACAUUGAGUGGCAAAUGUUGGAAGGAAAGAGUUACAAGAGCAAGAACUAGGAAACCCAAGUAACUUGCAAUAUCCUCAUAUCCUCAUCAAGAACAUAGCCCCCCCCACAAGCCUCACCCAACAGUGAUCACAUGACCUCUAUACCAGUUGUAUGACUUUUCUCAUUCUUUUGCUUUCCUAUUUGUUUUUAUUUACUAACGAUUUCCUUUACAGUCUUAGGACAAGUGAAGCAAACUACCUUCAUGAGUCAUUUGGGUUUUAUUCUGCCAUUCGAUCCAGGGCAUACUACAGUCAGGCAAGCAAGGAAGAUAAGUAAGCAAGCAGUAUUGUUUCAGAUACUGUUAUAAAACUUAAAGGAAGGAUGGGGGAAGGUGUACAAGAAGCAAGCAGUGAAAAUAGAAGAAGCAGCAUUUUUUAAUUAAGAAAUAUUAGACCGUAUUAGAUAUUGUAGACCCUUAAAAUAGGUGGGAGACAAGCCAAAGUACACAUACAUUUUCUACAGCGUUUUAAAAAAUAUUUGUCUUGAAUUGCAACUUAUUUCUACAUAUAUAAAUUACUAUUUUAAACUUGCAACUAUUAAUUGUUGUGGUAUGUAUUUCUUCAGGCCUGAUUUGAUGGUGAAAAAACUCCGUUACUAUGCUCGCUUUAUAGUCGUCAGUCUUCUCCUCAACAAGGUGGAUCUUGUGAAAGAAUUGAUACAGGUGCUUUAUUUUUUAAUUUAUGCAACUCCUUGUCAUUCUAGGGUUUCCGAGUCCCACCGAUGUUUGGUCUGUAGCGAGUCCCAAUCCGCUAAAGCAAAAUUUCUCGUUUCUCUUUCCAGGAACUUUAUCAUUACGUCGAGGAAUAUGUUAAUGUGUAUGAAGCGGAUGACGAUGAAGAAUGGAGGUUGGUGAUCAGUGAAGUGACAGCCUUUAUGGAGGUAUCAAAAAUGUUUUAUACUUUUCAUGGCAACUUUUGGGCCUGCUUGGAUACCUUUUUAAUUUUACAACUUAAUAGCCUUGGUAAAGUAAGUCCAAUGGCCAAUUUUCCGGUCAUACUUGUUUUUUCUUCCCCAAACAGGCAGACUCAUUGGUAACAGUCAUGACCCCAGAUGUUGUGCCGGUCACUCUAUCACAUAGAAUGGGAGAAAACGUUUGUACAUUUUUUUCUUUCAAGCAAAUCAACCAACUUGAUCGUCAUCUAUUUGUAGAAGUCCGUGUUUUUAAAGUUUAUUUGAUUAAUAAGAAGCCUGAUUUUGUAUGGGUAAAAACAUUAUUUCGAGUGUAAUUUGGUGUUAGUAAGCGGGAGUAAAUUUUUCAAAGAGAACAAAAUUGCUUUUAAAAGCCUGUAUGACGAGUGCAAUUUGUAGUCUUUGAAAAAUUUACGAGUGCUUCUUUGCUCCAAAUUGUACUCGAAAUCAUGUUAUUAUAAUUAUGGUAGUAAUUCAUUUCUUGUAUGAUUGCAUAAAUUCUGAUUGUCUGAGUGAAGGUAGUCUUGAGGAGGACUGUUGCCCAUAGUGGAGACUGAGUUCUCGACAACCUUGAUAGAAGUCAUAACCAGAGUGAGCUCGAUCAGGACUACCCAGUCUCUCACACGGACGAUCAGACUAAACGAUCCAAUAUUACCCCAUGGCACAAACCAUUUACUGUAUUGUAUGUUGCAUCUUCUCCAGGAGAUUCCUCCUCAGAGACCGGUCAGUGGCACAUCGUUAUCUUUACAAGAAAUUAUUAUUGUGGGGAACUGUGAAAAGCAGGUAUCUUAUGGAAUUUUUUCUUUUUCAGACGCGUGUCACAUAUGCACCUAGCAAUGAGCUCGCUCUCUGUAAAGUCUCUGUGGCCCAGUGGCACAGCAUCGGAGCGCGGAAUCCAAAGAUCUUGGGUUCGAACCUUAAGUACCAUUUCUCUUGAGCUGAAUAAGCCAAAGUUCUGAAGAUUUCACAUAAUCUCACAUCAAUCCGAUAAACGCUCACUUGGCGCAUUUUUAUUUAAAAAAUUUGCUUCUCACGUUAUUGUUUUUACAGGUAAAAUUCAGCGAGUUAACUUUGGACAUGUUUCGUAUGCUGCAAGUUCUGGAGCGAGAGCCUGAGGAUGCACCUUCGCGUACUUUGGUGACUUCCACCGAGGUGUCUGAGGGUCAAGAUAAUCAAGUAUGUUGUAAUCCAAACACUUAUUUCGUUUCAGGACGCUUGUUACACAUGAACCUAGUAUGUACAUGGCCCGGUUAAGCAACGAGUUCUCUGUGUCUUAGUGGUAGCGCGGAUGAGAGAUUGGCUGGAGCGCAAUUUCUCAUUUGGGAAUUAGUAUUUUUUCUGUGUUCCACGCUCGCGAUAGGACGGAAUAUCAAAUUUUUUACUUAUCUUCUUUUAUAUCGCUGAUUUUUUCAAGGAAGUCAAUGGUGUGGAGCGAUCGUCUUCCAAGCGACCAAAUCCUCAUAAAUAUCUCCUGUAUAAACCGACACUGACUCAGUUGUAUGUGUUUCUGGCCUGUGGUAUUAAGGUGAGUAUUCACUUACUACUGGUGAGUCUGAGGCAUGCAGAAUCAAACCUCAAUACUACAUUGGCUGGUUAUUGAUUAGCUACAGACACUCUAUGAUAUUUUCUUUCUUUAACCUACCAAAUCCAACUGAACGUAAAUCAGGUAAAAUGUUGACUCGGCCUUCUCGUGGUUUUCAUUCUUAUUUCAUUGGCAUUAAGAUUUGCCAUUUUUAAGUCUCACGGAAAGCAUUUGAAAGGAUGCGAGAAAAGUCAACCCUUUCACACGGUGUUUUUACGUGUUUUUCAACUAUUUUUCGAAGCCUACAUGUAAGGAAGAAAAAAACUUGCCCUCACACUUGCGCUUCAGGACCUCGACGAUGAUUUUGACUAAACACUAAAAACCACAAGUUUUAAACUGACAUGACCUAUGAAGCGUCCGAGGACUGAUGUAGGUUCCUAAUGUGAUGUUUAAUCACAUUAAUAGAGAAAGAUGAGAUUAAUAGAGAAAUCACAUAAAUGUUCUUAAUGUUCAAGCUACUAUCCUUGUUUAAGGAACUUCCAAACAAUGGCGUCAUGUUGGUUUAUGUGUCCGGUGAUGGUUACUUUGGAAAUGCGAAAGCUGGAGAAGAAGGUAAGUACACGUCAGUUGCAUUUUCAACUCGUUCCAGUCUUUUCACUCCGGAAGGUGCUUCAUCAUCGCCUGCAAUGUCUGCUUCUAUGACUCGUGACUCGUUCCCAGCUCUCUUGCGCUUCCAAAGACCUGUAAGAAUCAACUGGUCGCUUACCAUAAAAAUUGCUCACAUGAUUCUUUUCUGAGGAGAUCCUUCUAUCUCGUCAGGUCCCUACGAACAGGGAGGUGUCGCUAUGAGCCACAAAAAAAUAUCAAACGAGGAAACAGCAAGACGAACGAGAACAAACCUGAAGGAUGUUCAUUGGUGCGUUGAGUGUUUUCCAUAAUUAUUAAUUAUUAUAUUAUAUAUUUUUUUAGUGAGCACGAAUCGCUUUUGGACUCACUUUUCACGACCUCACGACCUCGCCCCCAAAAAUGAAAUGUUCAAAGGAAAUUUUUUGUUUGUUUAAAUGUAUUUGGCUUAACCCAAACAGUUUAAUUGGUUCAUAAAAGAAGGAAAAUGUUCUCACAUUUUAUCACCUUUUGAAAUAAAAUUCUUUUUAAAGAUAUUGAAAAAAGUAUCGACUUCAACAUUGUAUAAGGGGUAGAGGGAUGUUUUUUUUCAGAGUGAAAAACGAUGAUUGUAAGUUAAAAUUAGUGCAUAAGUAUAUAAGGUCGGUGUGGUCUCGUCAAGAAUAAACUGCAGCUCGUCUUACAUCUUAGUAGAUGUAAGUAGUCAGAGGCUCGUAUGUUCCAUCCUCGUCAGGUAUUUUUUUCUUUGUCUUCGCACGUGGCAAAUUAAUUGCAAACAUCUUUUGACUUGUUCUAGCUUGUACCCAGAAGACCUUGUGCCCUUCAGUAGGAAGCCUCUUGUGGUAAUAGUAGACAGCUCAAACAGUCAUGCUUUCAGGGUAAGUUCCAUGUGGGGCCGUUUUAUCUUUCUUAAACCAUAAACUUUUAUUGCACGGUUGCACCCAAUAAGUCACUCUCUUGCUCAGUACUACCAUUCCCGGUGGUACACAAGGCCUUGAUUUGUUAUAUCCAGAGACUCAACCUAGAUAAAAGUUGUCGAAAAACUAUUUACCUUUUCCUAGAAGAAUAGUUGAAAAUCGGUAAUCAAGUUCACUCUUUGGUGUCGAAGGUCGUGUUUUCUUUUUAUUCUUUGAUUUGGCUAUGAUGGUGAAACAAAAAAUAAAAUCAGAUUUGGGUCUGUGCGCAUUACUAUCGCUAACAUUAUUUCAUUCAAUGGUUUUGUCCAAUUGUUAAUACCACUGUUAUAGUAACAAAGAGAUUUUUUAUCCUUCUACAGUAUUUUCCAAGUUUAUUUGGACAACCGCUGGUCUGUUUGAUGUCGCCAAUUACUGUUCCUACUACAAUGCAAGGUAGGGUUUGUCCCAUUUCAAUAACAUUGGAGAAACAGAAAGAACGAUGAUGGACAGAAGUUUCAAGCGUAGUUAGUAUAAAUUUUUUCGGGAUCAAUGAUACCCCUCCCCUAACUCAACACCAGUCAACUGAUAACAAUUGAGGCCUAAUGAUGGGUUAGGGGAGGGGUAGGUGCGCAGUUGCUCAGAUACUGAAAUUUCAAGUAGCAAUUUUUCUCUUCCUCUCCCCCUUUGAAUUCUUUUUGUAUCUACGCGCGGUGCGCGCGAUUUCAUAAAUUAGCCAAUCACGUCAAAGAACUCUAACCUUGACAUUGAAAAACUGACGUGGACAUUUUCAUGUACUUUUUUUUUUCGCGGAGUUUUAGUUUUGUUGUUUAUGAGCUUUCGUUCGCGUAAAUUUGUCACCUUUAUUUGGAAUUUUAAGUAGUUACGGAGUUUUUAUUUCAGCCCAAUGUUGUGGUUCAUGUAAAAAGUUUAAUAUAUUUUCUACGGAGUUUGGACUCUAGCCUCUUUUUUCGUAAAUGGAUUUUUUACACUAUCGUUACUACGUUCCUAUAGUUUGCCUGAAUAUUUAAAUUAUGUCUGCAAGGUUGUGCAUGGUCUGUUUCUCGGAUUUCUUACUUUACAGAACAAAGUCGGAAGGGGAGUCUCUUCACUCUGUUCCUCUUCAAUCCGUUGGUUGCCUUCUGCUACGUGAGCAGCAUUGCCGAUCUUCGCAGUGACUUGUGGGAUAGCUGUCAGCGGCAGGUUCGACGAAUAAUGAACGACAUCCUUCGAGUAUUUUACGAUUGGUCUCGAUAUGUCGGUGAGUCGUCGGAGGCGCCUGAGCGCAACUACUGCUGGAAACUGGUCUAAGCUUUGCAAUUGGAACUUUAUUUAUUUUAUAUUCCCAAAUUUUGACAUACUGUCGAAGAUAAGAUGAGAACUCACUUUUCUUUACUCGACGACUGUACUCAAAAUUUACCAUCUCUUUGCUUCUGACAUCUCUUUUCUUUUGUCAUAACGCAUUAGAAAUUGCUGAUCGUGGCUCGUAGCAGUAUGCAGGACGCAUGUCACACAUGAAUCUAGUUAAUUCUUCAGUCGCAGUUGGUUUCUCUGCAGCUCAGUGAUAAAGCACCAGACCGCUAAAUCUGGGAUUCGAAUAUUCGUGGGAACUUUUUUUUUUUAUCUCUUAGCUCGUGCUUAAAACGAUUGACACAUUUCCCAAUACGUAGACAGAUCUUAGAAAUUACUAUGUCUCCGAUAACAUACGUUUUUAUCUGGAUCCAGUAUUAAGAUCUUGGGGUAUUUAAUGUAGAAUUUCUUUUGAAUUCUUUGUCUCGUUUUUUUGUUUCAUAGAAUUUGAAUCUGUCAGUAAUACUCACAUUUCUUCAAAAAGUUUUUGGAUUACUUAGAGUAAGGAAUGCAAGAUAAUAUUUUUCUUUCCUUUGACAGAUGUUGUGUUUAUUCAAUUCCUUGACGACGAAUUUCUUCGGCUGAUGAUUCUCCGUUAUAUUUUCUGUUUCUACACAAUGCAUCUUCAUCGAGCAUUUAAGGUAGGGCAGUUGAUCUGGGCAUGGAACAGCUUUUCAGUCUUGAAUUUAGCCACUGAAAUGUUGUCGAAACGUGUUUUUAGGAAAAAACGAAUGAUCUUCCCUUGACUCAGUUUACCAAAUAGGAUUCAUGCGAGCAGAGAGCAGUUUUCAAUUCAUUGUCAAAGGAAACCGGAAUUGCAUCAGUUUUGGUUUUCUUUGCUCUGUGAUCGGUCCAUAAAACUCGCUCUACUCUAUCAAGUACUCAUAUGGAAAACUACAUAACUUGGUCACCUGCGUUUUCCUGCGCUUUGGGCAAUGUUUUUUUUUGGCUUUACUUUGAUUUCUUAUUGGUUCUCAAGGGUGUAUUUCUUUCAUUUGAUUGGCCGUUAUGAUAACUUGGUUCUGGUGCUACGAUACUCGUCGAAAAGUGCUUUAUGAUAUCGAUAUCCCAGUCUACGUGUUUUUUGUUUUAAUUUUUACAAAGUUUUUUGUCUGUAGUUUUCUCUCAGAUAAUUCUAAUGAGCUCAUUGUGCUUUCCUUUGUGUUUGUUUUCCCUUUCUUUAGGGUUCAGACUUCUACCCAAAAAGUUUUCCAAGAUUACCUGCAAAGGAAAUUCUUCUCAACGGCAGCAUAGAGAAACAAGUUCUUGAGCUGGCCUCCAUGUUGGAUGUACGGAGUCUUUUCUACGAGAUUGGAGAAGGUCCUCCCACGGAUUAA